AAAUUGCCUUUUCUCUUUUUAAGCCUUCCUACAGUGUUAUAUCAGACACUGUGCUUCCAACUUCCUCCUUUGAGAAGGGUCUGGGGGCUACAAUGUCCUCAGAAUCACCGGGCAUUUGGAAGAGGAAAAGAGGAACAGCUAAAGAUAUUAAGCUUCUGAGUAAUUGACUUGUAAGACACUGGCUUCAUCCUCUCAUUUAGACAUUCCCAUAAGAGCGGCUGUGCUCUGUCAUGAAGCCGACUCAGUACCUGACCUUGGAAUUCUGUUUGCUCGCGGCAUGGUCCGUGAUCACAAUUUAUGCCUUGACAGCUACCCCAAGUUCAGAUAUAGACUGGGAAACCUGGAAGACCAUCCAUGGCAAAAAGUACAACAGUAAGAAAACAGAGGCUCUCAGAAAAGGAAUCUGGCUGGAAAAUCUAAGGAAAAUUAAGGAGCAUAAUGAGCGGCAACAAAAUUCGACAUUUAUGAUGGUCAUGAAUAGUUUUGGUGAUUUGACAGCAAAAGAGUUUUCUCAAUUAUUCCAUGCACAAGAGAGGAAAGCUGUGUUAGUGAACAACCAGACACGAGAAUCAACUAAGGCCCGACACUCUCGCCGUAUUCCAGAGAGUGUGGACUGGCGCACAGCUGGUUAUGUUACCUCCCCAAAGUACCAGGGUCAGUGCUACGGUUGCUGGGCGUUCAGUGCCACUGGGGUGCUGGAGGGGCAGUUGUUUAAGAAGACGGGCAAACUCAUUGCCUUGAGUGAACAGAACCUCAUUGACUGCUCAAGGAGUCAUGGAGCUUUCGGAUGCAGUGGUGGCUGGCCUUUGAAUGCCUUUGACUAUGUUCAUGAGAAUGGGGGAAUUGAAGCUGGGUCCACCUAUGCGUACACUGCAAAGGAAGGCAAGUCUUGCAAAUACAAUGCUUCUAACAGUGUGGUUUCUGUCUCGAGCUAUAAAACACUUCCAUAUGGAGAUGAAGAAGCUUUGACCAGAGCAGUGGCUGAAAUUGGACCUAUAGCCGUGGUGAUUGAUGCAGGCCUGGAAUCUUGGCAGUUUUACAGCUCAGGUGUUUAUUACGAUCCCAGGUGCAGGACUAACACCUUUAACCACGCUGUACUUGUGGUGGGAUAUGGCAUUCAAGCAGGAAUGAAGUACUAUAUUGUUAAAAAUAGCUGGGGACAACACUGGGGCCAAUCUGGCUACAUCCUGAUGGCCAGGGGAAGGAACAAUAGCUGUGGAAUUGCAAGUUUCCCUAUUUAUGCUCUUGUCUAAGAAUUUGGGCUUCAGAAGGUCCAAGUGCAGCUUCACUAUCAGUUUUGGAAUUAGUAAGACAGUGAUGCUGCUUAGUAAUGAUAUAUCUUGCAUCAGCCUGUGAGAGAUUCUCAUAGUUUACCCCAGAUCUGAUUCUCCAUCCUUUUAUCCUAUUUAAGAGUUCGGUACUUCUGCCUGGUGUUCAUUACGUUUGACCUUAGGGCUUUAUUUGAGGUACUCAGUGUGGAUGACCCCAUGUACCUUUAUCUAACUCCUGGACUCCAUUUUUCAACUUUUGCUCCAUUAUCCAAUCCUCUAACUCCUUUAUUCAAUAUAGAUUUGAGCCUGUAAUUACUAAUAUUUGUACUUUUAUAUGAUUCCAUUUUACUUCUGCUUUGCUCAUGUUAUUAAGACAAACUGUGUUAAACCUGUAUUGAAUUUCUAAAUGCUACUUUGUAGACAGGGCUUUAAAGCUACCUGUCCUUUUGAUUUAAUUAAAUCAUAAUUAAUUA